AUGGCUGCACUGUCCACACCAUCUAUCGGGACCAUCAUUCUUUUUCUCCUCCUCAUCCUCAUCCGUUCCGGCUUCACCGUCAAUGACACCACUGCCUCCGCCUCUUGCAACAACAGCCACUCAAAGAAAUGCCACCUUGUCAGAGACGAUAUCGCGGAUUACAAAUUGAUCAUGAUGGAAUUGGAGAUGGGACGGAUGCUGUUAGACUUCAAUAAAUACACAACACCACAAACCGGAACAGCCAACAAGAAUUCAGGGGGAUCCUGUGGCCGACCACCGCGGUACGACAGUUGUCUUGGCGAGAAAAGGGAUACGCCACCACAGGAAAAAUGUUAUGUCUACAAACGAGUGCCCUGUGGCCGAGCCGCACGCGUGAACCCCUGUGUCAAAGCCGAGCCGCGCCUGCGCCAAGCCGAGCCGGUCCCUGUCCUCUUCCAGCCGAGCCGCCAAGACCAAUUUGGCUCCAUCCACCUACAUUUUGGGCGUCUUGGACCGAGUGACCGGUGCGGCGAGAGACUCUCUUCAGUAGGGACUCAUCCACUGCAACCUUUUCUGGGGAUCCCGUUGCUUGGAAAGCACACGUGUCUUGCGGUUAGGACUCGUCGGGUGAAUCUCCAGGGAGAAUGCCGCCACGUAGAGGUGCACGCCGAGGAGGUGGUAGGGGAGGCAGAGGUGCCGGUCGUGGCCAGCCGGAGGCGCCACCUGCUGCACCGGCAGUCGACCCAAAUGCACCGGUCACCCAGGCGGAUCUCGCCGCGAUGGAGCGGCGCUAUCAGGACAUGCUGCAAGCUGCUUUGGCGCCUUUCCUAGCCGCCCAGCAGAACCAGGCCGCCCAGCAGAACCAGGCCGCCCAGCAGAACCAGGCCGCCCCUGCUCAGGCCCAAGCCGUUGUUCCUCCAGCCCCUGAGGAAGCUCCACCAGUACCAGUUCAACUGUCGGCCGAGGCGAAAC